AGUCUAAUAGAGCCAGUGGUUGGAAAUAUUACAGAAAUGGUGUCCCUGGAGCAGCAGGUUCAGCCUGCUGGGACUGAAAAGGAAAAGGAGAAAAAGGAAAAGAUCCCCUCGUCGCUGGACGGGGACCGAGGGAACAUCGCUCUACUCCUGUUGCUCUACCUGCUACAAGGUAUCCCCUUGGGUCUCAUCGCUACCGUUCCUCUCAUCCUGCAGAACAAGGGAGUCCUGUACACGGACCAGGCAAUGUUCAGCCUGGUGGGAUGGCCCUUCAGCAUCAAGUUGUUAUGGGCUCCGAUCCUGGAUGCGAUCUACGUGAAGAGUUUUGGCCGACGUAAAACGUGGUUGGUUCCCAUACAGUUUCUAAUCGGGCUGUUCAUGCUGGUCAUGUCAUUCCAAGUGGACUAUUGGAUAGAGGAUCCAGAAGGUCCUCACAUCCUGCCGCUCACUGCGAUGUUUUUCGCUCUCAACUUUCUGGCGGCAACCCAAGACAUAGCGGUCGACGGCUGGGCCCUCACCAUGCUCAAGAGGGAGAAUGUUGGACAUGCAUCGACAUGCAACAGCAUGGGACAGACGGCCGGUUACUUGCUGGGUUACGUUGUGUUCAUGGCCCUGGAGUCGGCCGAUUUCUGCAACACCUAUCUGCGCUCCGUGCCCCAACCUGUGGGGGUUGUUACUCUUGGCAGUUUCCUGAUGUACUGUGGUCCGGUGUUCCUGGUGACGACAACUCUGGUAGGGCUGUUGAAGACAGAGACCGAGCCUCAACGCGAGGAUCAGGAUCAGACAUGUCUCAGCGUGAUCAACACUUACAGACAACUGUUGCUGAUCGCACGCCUGCCUGCUGUGCGCACCAUGGCUGUCGUACUCCUCACCUACCAGAUUGCUUUCAGUGCGAAUGACUCGGUGACGUGGCUCAAGCUCGUGUCUGCGGGAGUGCCCAAGGAACAGUUCGCAGUCGUCACCAUGUGCAUGUUACCACUCAAGAUCACUUUACCAGUGCUCCUAGCCAAGUACGUGGUGGGGGAGACUCCCAUGGAUGUCUUCAACAAGGUUUAUCCUUGUAGAUUGGCAUUUAACCUUGUCACUGCUGGCUUCGUCUGGGUCACACCACAUCUGAUGGUGAAACACCACUUCCCUACUUAUUACUACGGUCUUCUAGUCCUUAUCUACGGAGUAUAUCAGGUGUGGCUGUUCUCCAUGUUUGUGACCCAGAUGGCAUUCUACGCCCGAGUGAGUGAUCCUGCAUUCGGUGGAACCUACAUGACUCUCCUCAAUACCCUGACCAAUCUGGGCGGCUCCUGGCCUAGGACUCUGGUGCUACUGUUUGUUGACGGACUGACAUUCAAGUAUUGCUCCAACGACACUAAGAAUGUCUGCUCUAACCCUGAUCUCGUUAAGGUCUGUGAAGACGGCUACGGUCUCUGCCACUCGUAUGUAGAUGGCUACUACGUGCUGGUCGGCAUCUGUACAGUGAUCGGACUGUUAUGGAUGGGCUGGGGUCGCCGCACCAUCCAGGACCUCCAAGGCAGGGACCUCACAGACUGGAAAGUCAACGCAAACAAUCCAAAAGAUCAAAAAUAAUGUUUUAACUAUAUAAUAUAAUAUAAUUUUUACCAUAUAA